GGCACAGAAGCUCCCCGCAGCUUUCAGCUGAGCCUUGAAAAGAAUAUUUCUUGGAGCAAAAAUUAAUAUAGUUUAGUCAUGUGACGAUAACGAUGACCAAAACAGCUGGUGAACUUUUUUUUAAUUUGCUAACUAAUAUUUUAUAAAGUUUUGGCUCUAUAUAUAUUUUACAAUAAGUUUUGAGAUCAAGUAAGUAGUUAUUAGGCUACAAAGGAGCAAAAAUCAAAUCAUCAUCAGCAAGUAAUGAAGAGAAGAAGAGAUAUGGAGAUUGAGGCAACUGAAAUUAGAAGUGGUAUUGAAGAACUAUCUAUGAUGCAGCUCCUCAAAGUCAAAUUAGUUAAACCUGAUCAAGAAACUGAUGCUAAUCAUCAGGAUAUUCAUGAUAAUAAUAUCAUCAAUUCUCAUAUUCCUACCAUGCCUUUUCUCUCUAUCUCCAAUUUGGUUCUGCAAGUUCUUGAUAAGAUAGGGCCAACAAUGGCAGUGUUGAGACAAGACAUAUAUCAAAACAUCCAGAGAUUGGAAAAGGUGCAUGAUACAGACCCUGCCCUUUACUCAAAUAUGGUUGAGAUAUUGAAGAAAGAGAUUAGUGAAGGCAAAGCAACAAAAGGUCCUAGCUGUUGCAAAGCUCUUCUUUGGCUCACCAGAUCCUUGGACUUCACCUUUGCACUGUUACAAUUAUUGGCUGAAGAUUUAGAGAGGAACAUGGUGCAAGCUGUUCAAGAAGCUUACACUAACACCCUUAAGCCAUGGCAUGGAUGGAUCUCUUCGGCUGCCUUCAAGGUAGCAUUAAAGCUAUUGCCAGACAGCAAGGGCUUGAUCACAAUUCUGAUGGGCAAAGAUAAAAAUAAGGAUGAAUUUAAGAAGGAAUUGCGCACCUUCAUUUCACUAUUGGCACCUCUGUUAAAAGAAAUUCACGACGUUUUGGGUGCGUAUGGUGUUGAUAAGUUAAAAUCUACUUGAAGAAGUGCCCAAGAAAGUGAGACAAGCUGUACAUAACUUUUUAAGUUCUCUGACACUUAAUCCCUUUUUGGCUUGUUCUGUAAAUAUACAUGCCAAGCUCUUGUAUGACAAUUCAGUUAUGUGAACUUUUUAUUCUAAUCCCUGAUUUUAUGAUUUAGAUUGCAUGGUUUGAUGUAAAUACCAGUUAUAGAUAAGUAAUGUUCUAGGUGUUUGCAUCAAACAAUUUAAUGUAAGACAUGUUUCUCUCAUACAAGAAAUUUUAUUACUUAGUUAUAGUUGAUUAA